CGGUAUUUCCGCGGUCACACUGAACAGCUGGGCGGACUUAUCAUUUUUUUUGUCCACGAAAACGUAAUUUAACAAAAUAACACAAAUAAAUGGAUGCCAAGUUGGAUAUGUUCGAGGACGUGAACACGUCGCCGUCGCCCUCUCUGGAGGGUGACAUGUCAAUACCGGGCAAACGAACCACAACGACAACAGCCCAAAACGGAGUGCCCGACUACAACACACUGGAUGAGCCCAUCAGGGAGACAGUGCUGCGGGAUAUACGUGCCGUGGGCGUAAAGUUCUACCAUGUGCUCUACCCGAAAGAGAAGUCCAGUCUGUUGCGUGAUUGGGACUUGUGGGGUCCGUUGGUGCUGUGCACCUUCAUGGCCACCAUACUGCAGGGCUCCUCUUCCGCGGACAGCAUGUCCGACAACGGGCCCGAGUUUGCCCAAGUAUUUGUCAUUGUUUGGAUAGGAGCGGCCAUUGUUACACUGAACUCCAAGCUGCUAGGUGGCAAUAUCUCAUUCUUUCAGUCUGUGUGCGUUUUGGGCUAUUGUCUGACGCCCGUGGCCAUAUCCCUGAUUGUGUGUCGCAUCAUUCUGCUGUCCGUACAGACACGGUUGCUCUUCUUUUUGCGUUUUGUGACUACCACAAUGGGCUUUGCCUGGGCCACCUAUGCUUCGUUUAUUUUCCUCGGUCAGAGUCAGCCGCCGCAUCGCAAACCGCUCGCUGUCUAUCCCAUAUUUCUGUUCUUCUUUAUCAUCUCCUGGCUGGUGCUCUCCCACAACUAGACCCAUAGCCCACAGCUUUAUGUUUAAGUUAAACAGC